CCUCCGCUCCGUGUUGGACAUCUCCCUUUUGUGCAUUCUUUAAUAAAAAGAUUCUUUCCUUUUGCAAAGGAUUCUUCAACGAUAUGCCGGAUGCUGUUACAGAGACAACUCCGUGCAUCCAAGCACAGAAUGCCUUGAUGGCGGGUGACUUCCAGAACGAGACUCAAGCAUUCAUUCGCUCCGCUUGUUCGGAGUGUAAACGCCGGAAACAAAAGUGCCUCCGAUAUUGGCCAUGUCACCAUUGCGGCACUAGACGAGUUGGAAACCAAUGUAUCUUUCGGACAGUUCUUGAUGUUCAAUCCAUCGAUGAACGCAAGGCUCAGAUAGAUGAUUUUGUAUCACGGAUGAAGGGAAAAUGUUGCUUUUCUCAUCCUCUUAGUGAAGAAGAAGUGGGCGGUAACAGUGAGAGUACUGGGAAGGAUCUCGAGCAGUUUGGAUACGCCUCUACCUUGGAUUCGGAGUUAAAAACUGCUCUUCAAGCUUUGCCGUCCAGACAGUGCCUUGGUAAUGGCUGGGUUGCUUGAUAAUGAAACUGGGAUGCUGGAUAAUGAUUCCCUUAUUCAAUGUCCUCCUGUGAAUCCUUCUUUUCUUCUCUAAAUUGAGCUAAGUGUAUUUGAACGUAGAUGCCUUGGUGGAUCACUUUCUAA